AUGGAUUUUGGGUUUUUUCCUAGUGAUUUGAGGCAACGUGGUUCGUUUCCUGAUCUGGGUUUUAGUGGGUUUCCUCUAACAUCUUCAGUUUCAAAUGGGUUUCACUUUUCCGGUGACCCUACAACUCCGAUGACGAACCCGUUUCUUAACCUUAACACGGUGGCUUCAAUGGCGGAUGAUGAUCUGGGUUUGUCUCAAAGGUUUAGUAAACUGAGUUUUUCCGAUGAAAGGAGUAGUUUUUUUACUCCGGUGAUGAACCCUUUUCACGGUUCGAGAAACAACAACGACCUCCAUGGACGUUCUAAGCUUGACUUUGGUCGUGAGGGUUUCGUGGAGAGGUUUCAUGGUGAAGCUUCUAUGAGUGGUUUUGGUGAUUUACACAGGAGAGACAUGGAUCUGAGAGCUCGUCGUGGUGUUGAUGAUGGUGAUUUUCAGAGACUACGUUUGCUUGGUUUACAAGAAGGUCAAAACCCUAACCCUAGCUUUAACGAUUUGAGAGGUUUUACAGAGAAGAUGUGUGUUCGUAACAGAGAUUACAUGUUUGAGCAUUUCAAUCAAGAGAUCCGACGUGAUGUUUCUCUGAUUCCACAGAGAUCUCGACUAGCUUUUCAAGGAAACGAUGUGUUUGAGGACCCAUUGAUGUACAGUAGAAACAGGACUGUUUCGCCAUUUUCAGCCAUGGGAGGUUCUAGAGAGCUUGAAGGUUCUGAUAAAUCUAUGAAGAACAAUGCGUUUCUCAAGAAAGAUGUACUGGAUUUGCCACUUACCUUUGCUUCCAUGGUUGAUAUCCACGGCUCUGUGUACUUAAUGGCCAAGGAUCAAUUGGGUUGUCGAUUCUUACAGAAGCUAAUCGAACAAGGAAGGUUUCUUGAUGUUGUGAUUAUAUACGAGGAAGUGAUUAAUCAUGUCACUGAACUUUCAAUGGAUCAGUUUGGUAACUAUUUUAUUCAGAAGCUUCUUCAAGUCUGUGAUGAAGAACAAAGAACUCAAAUCCUCAUUAGGUUGACUUCAAGACCUGGACUUCUUGUCAAAGUCUCCAUCAACACUUACGGGACACGGGUGGUGCAGAAGCUGAUUGAGACUGUGAGUACAAAGGAGCAAAUCAGUUUGGUUAAGGCAGCUCUUAAACCGGGAUUUCUCUCUCUGGUUAGAGAAUUAAAUGGAAACCAUGUGAUACUUAGUUGCUUGAGAUUCCUUGACUCUAAUGAUAACAAGUUCAUUUUCGAGGCUGCUACCAAGUUCUGCAUGGAGAUUGCGACUCAUCGCCAUGGAUGCUGUGUCCUUCAACGCUGCAUCACAGACUCGGUUGGGGAGCAACACGAGAAGCUCGUUGGUGAAAUAGCCAGAAACUCUCUUCGCCUUGCUCAAGACCCUUUCGGGAACUAUGUGGUGCAAUACAUAAUAGAAAACAAGGUCGGAGGAGGGGAUGUGAUGUUUGAUUUAAGAGGGAACUUCGUGAGAUUAGCUACACAGAAGUUUGGUAGCCACGUAGUGGAGAAAUGCAUCAGGUUUUAUCCAGAGAGCAGAUCUCGGAUCGUGCAUGAACUCAUCUCUGUUCCUAACUUCGAACAUCUUGUUCAAGACCCAUAUGCCAACUACGUUAUCCAGGCAGCACUAUCCAAAACCAAGGGCUUUGUUCGAGCGAGCUUGGUGGAGAAAGUACGAAGAUGUGAGAACCUUAAGAUGAGUCCAUAUUGCAAGAAGAUAUUCUCCAAGAACUUCGGGAAGAAGUGA